CAUUUGCCGCUCUUGCCACAGAGAAGAUGUCAUGUGGGUAUGAAGACGACACACACCAUGACCUGCUGACAUCAUCACACAUCCCCUUUUACUCUCCUAAAAAAUGGCUUCGCCCAGCUGGUUUUCACCGUGGCGACGGUCGCUGCUGCUUAUCCUUGCUACCUGUUUCCUGUCUGAGUCCGCCUCGAGCACGCACUUCCCCAGAGACCUGGAGCCAAUAAGUGUGGUCGGCUCGGCACAGGUGUACCAGUUUCCAGGCUUCCAGGGUCUGCUUCAGGACAACGACACCCUGCGUCUGGGUCUGGACUUUCAGAGGCUGCUGCGCAUCAACCACAUGCUGUACAUCGCUGCCAGGGAUCACGUGUUUGCAGUGAACCUGACGACAGCUUCAGAAGAGUUUUUCCCUCAGCUGAAGCUGACUUGGCGAUCUGAAGACGUCAGCAAGUGUACGGUCAGAGGAAAGAAUAGCGACGAGUGCUACAACUACGUCAAAGUGCUGGUGCCGCGAGAUGACGAGACGCUGUUCGCCUGCGGUACCAACGCCUUCAACCCCACCUGCAGGAACUACAAGAUGGCGUCCCUGGAGCAGGUGGGGGAGGAAGUGGUGGGUCAGGCCCGCUGUCCCUUUGAGUCUGGGCAGUCCAAUGUGGGACUGUUUGCUGGCGGAGACUUCUACUCGGCCACCAUGACGGACUUCCUGGCCAGCGACGCCGUCAUCUACCGCAGCCUUGGGGAUGGCCGGCCCGUCCUCAGGACCGUCAAGUACGACUCCAAGUGGCUCCGAGAGCCUCACUUUCUGCAUGCCAUCGACUACGGUAACUACGUAUACUUCUUCCUCAGUGAGAUCGCUGUGGAGUACACCGCCCUGGGCAAGGUGGUGUUUUCUCGAGUCACCCGGGUCUGUAAGAACGAUAAUGGAGGAUCUCCCAGAGUUCUGGAAAGAUACUGGACUUCUUUUCUCAAGGCUCGUCUGAACUGCUCGGUUCCCGGAGAUUCGUUCUUCUACUUCGACAUUCUUCAGUCCCUCACCAACGUGCUGCAGAUUAACCAGAGGCCCGCUGUGGUGGGGGUCUUCACCACGCAGGACAACAGUAUUCCUGGCUCAGCAGUCUGUGCGUUCUACAUGGACGACAUAGAGAGCGUCUUCGAUGGAAAGUUCAAGGAGCAGCGGACCAGCGACUCCUCCUGGACUCCAGUCCCUGAGGAGCAGGUUCCCAGACCCAGGCCCGGUACAUGUACCGGUGAUGGUCCGGCUGUGGACUACAAAUCAUCGGUUCAGUUCCCCGACGAGAUGCUGAUGUUUAUCAAGUCGUACCCUCUGAUGGACGAAGCUGUUCCAUCUGUCAACCACCGGCCCUGUUUCACCAGGACUUCGAGCAGGUCCAAGCUGAGCCAGAUAGUGGUGGAUGUGUCUGCCGGGCCGUACAAGGACCGCACAGUGAUGUUCCUGGGUUCAGACGAUGGCCGAGUCCUGAAGCUUCUGACCAGCACACAUCCUAACGACAGCUUCGGAUCCAAACUGCUGGAGGACAUCCAUGUCUACAAUCCAUCCAAGUGUAAUGUUCAGGGUCAGGAGGACAGAAGGGUUCUGGCUCUGGAGCUGGAUAAGGAGCGCCAUGCGUUGUUCGUAGCGUUCAGUAGCUGUGUGAUCAGAGUGCCGCUCAGCCGCUGCAGCCAGCAUGGAGCCUGUAGAAGAGCCUGCCUGGCCUCCCGUGACCCAUACUGCAUCUGGCUGCGCACCGGGAGCUGUGCCAACAUGGCGCCAGGUUUCAAGGCCGGGUUUGAACAGGAUAUUGAAGGUGACCACUUGUUUCAUCAGGACAGCUGUCAUGUUAAUGUGUUGGCAACUGUACGGAACCAGGAGUCUGCGGCCGACUCAGCCUAUGGUGUCCGUGGUUUUCCAGAGAUGGAGCAUGCUGCUGCUAACGUCCACUACACCCUGCUGCUGGCUUGCGUGUUGGUGGCCUUCUCGCUGGGCGCCAUCUUGUCGGGCUUCCUGGUGUCGUGGUACUGGAGCCGCAGCGCCACUCAGCAGGCCAGGAGGAUGGGGAAAGACCCCGAGGUCCCGCACACCUUAUCUCUACGGUCCCUCGCCAAGCUCAAUGGACUGCUGGACGGACAGAAAAAGGAGGACAAACAUGACGUGUCCAUCCUGAAGAUGUACAGCUCCUUUAUCCCCAACGGCGGCGCAGAGCCUCACCUCAACACUCCUGCGCACGCGGGCCUGCCGCUGGGAGACCCCGAGCUCAGCCUCUCCCUGUCUCUGUCUCAGGGAGAUGGAGAUCUGUCCGGCCUGCCCACGCCUGUCUCUACCCCCGAGCUCCCCAUCAAGAACAUGAAGGCCCUGCGGCACCAUCAGUAUGAGAGGAACCAGAACUGCAACAACGCGGCGGACAGCAGCCACAAACCUACGCCGUGUGGCUCCACAUCCAGUCUGGGUUUCAUGGCUGUUGUCAGGAACUCUAUGACACAGCAGGUGUUCCCCUUCUCUCAUCACCAUGGCAACAGUUUGAACAAUGUAGCAGCACAUGGAGCCGCUACCUCUUCAACUUCACUGCAUCUGCCUGAUGAAAGGAACAUCUUGAAUGAUGAGCAGGCAGCAGAAGGCGGAGGACUACCUCAUCAUCACCUCUCCCAGCAGUCCCUGCCCCAGAGAGGGGGGGGGGCAUCCGCGCUGGACGAGCUCCUCAAACACAUCCACGAGGUGAGCGCGUCAGGAACCGGCGGCAUCAAGGUGCUCACCUCCACCUCCUCAUCUGGAGCACAUCAUCAUAAUCACCACCCUUAUUAUAAUAAUAAUCCCCACAGCCAGACCAGCACCCACUACUACAGCCACAGCCAUCACCAUAGCAACCACCACAACAAUAACAGCAGCAACGGCGUUCACCAUCAGCAGCAGCAGAUCCCUGAGAACGACUCAGCUCCAUAUUACAGCACCUCCACUCUGCCAAGGGAUGCUCCCACUCAGAACUCCUCCUCCUCUGCUUCUUCUUCCUCGUCAUCCUCUGACAACCCCACCUCUUCCACCUCCAUCCAGUCAUCCAACUCUACUUCCUCCUCAACGGCACUCCAGCAGCAGGUGAUUCCAGAAAGACCAGGAAGAACAAGUGUCUCAGUCACACGCCACCACUCCCAGCGCCACUUGCUCAUCAAGAUGGGCAGCGGGGGCCGUGCCGCGCCGCGUCACCACAGCUUCAACCAACGGACGCCGCAGCAGGCACACUUUUUGGCCAGGAUGAACACCAACAGCAGCAGCAACGGACCUCCAGGCGACAGCAUGGCGGCUGACAUGAGCAGAAAUGCCAAAUGCGAGAGGCAGGGGCCUCCAGUCGCCAGCGCCUGCCUGACGCGGCAGCACAGUUACAGUGAAGGGCCACAUGUGCAGCGGGCGGCAACCGUCCGGAGAACACUCUCGCUUAAACCCGAGGUCCCGCCAAAACCGCUGUUCCUUCCAAACACAGCGACAUCAUCAAUGGCAGAGGCGGGAACAUUCAAAUACUGAGACUAUAGGAGGCUUCUUCAGUCAGCACUCUGAAUUGUCUGCAGGGAUUGUGAGAAAUUGCUAAAUUGAUGCAACGAAUGACACAAAAGAGUCCUAAUUAAAACCCCUUCAAGCACGAGGGGACUGCUAAUGGCAACCUUCACCUCACCAUAGACUGCGGAUAAAAACUGGCGAGUCUGAAAAACAUUCCAGAAGCGGGGUGAAAGAUGUUAAUGAUUUAAAAGGAGUUAAGGCUUGAGAUGGCCUAAUAAAAAUCCAUGAUUAAUGCAGUUUUCUUAUGAGCGCUUUGAUCUGCUGUCCGGAUUGCACCUUGGCACAGCGCCGGAUUUGAUUUGCAAAGAUUAAUAAAGCAGGGAAUUGUACUGUUGCGGCCCUAACAUGAACUGAAUCUCGGACUGUGGGAGUGUUCACUCUCCUUUUCUGUGAUUAAACGAGUACAAACCCAGAAAAAACCCACUGAAAUUAGGUUUUUGUUAUCAUGUUCGAUGGAACACAUCAGCAUCAUAGGAAAAAGACGGUUCUGCUUCAUGAGCUGUAGUCAAACAUUUAAAUAUGGGGAUCCAGUUAAGGGCAGCUGCCACUGAUAGUACAUAGUGAGUCCAUAUUGGGAUCUGAGACACAAUUACAACCUAAAUGGAGCGUUGGAUGUUAACUUAAAGGGGACCUAUCAUGCAAAAUGCACUUUUUGAUGUCUUUUAUACAUAAAUAUGUGUCCCCGGUGUGGAGAUGUGUCACAUUUUUCAUGGGCGCAACCCAUACUCAGCUCUGCUGCUCAUCCCACAAAUGCAUGUUCGUCACAAAUGUGGCACCAUUAAAAAUGGAAAUAAACAGGCUUUCCAAUGGUAUAAGAUGUAUUGCCAAGAAGCAUUGUUACAACAAAGAAAUAAUCUACCAAACACAGAUUUCCUUACUUUUUGUGUUAAGUUUAUAUGGUACAGAGCUAAGAUGGAUAUCUGAUUAAUUAUCCCUUCCAUUUAGAAAUUCAUGCACUCAGUCCUCUACUUAAAGUCUGUAAUUUGUAUGUUUAAAUUACUGAAUUGAUUGUCUUACUAAUUAAUAUUAAUAUUUAAUGUAUAAUUGUUCUCAAAUGACUAAAUUUGCCCACUCUCUUUUGCAUUUGUCUUUAUCUAUCAAGAGCUUCCAAAGCUCAGAGCUGACUCUUUAUAAUGUGAUCUAUAAGAUAUGUUUAAAAAUAUGUUAAAAUGUAUAAAACUGCAUUAAAUCCAAGAGGCUGUUAUCAAUUUAUUAUCAAUAUCAAUCAAGAUCAAAUGUUUUCUCGUCAACUGCACUGAGCUAUGUAGUUUUGACAGGACUUUUCCAGAUGCCGGAAAAUCAGAAGGGGAACCUACAGAGCAGGAGAGACAGCUCUUCUGUUUCUCUUACCUCUGCUGCAGCGGGCUUCAUUUACAUUGUUUUCACUGUACAAUUGACUAUAACACAGUUUUAUCAACUACUGUUUUACAUUUGCAACCAUAAUAUAAAAAACAAGCAAUACACAUUGAAGUAACCAUGGUAGCAACACAUCUCCAUGACCUGCAUGAUUGUAUAGAGGCAACUCGUGUAGGCCCAAAUAUUUCACUCAAAAUGGACACGCUCAUGUAA